CAGGUUUUGCAAGAAUUGUUAAGGAGCUACGAAGUACCUGAUAGCUUGUUUGGCAAAGUUUGCAUUAUCAUUGACAAGAUUGAAAAAAUUCCAAUUGAUGAGAUCAAAAGAGAAUUAAAGUCAUGUGGGAUAUCAGAAGAGGCUAUUGAAGAGCUAUUACAUGUCCUUUCUGUGAAGUCGUUGAGCAAGCUGGAAGAGAUAAUGGGAGGUGCAGGGGAAGCAAUUGCUGAUCUGAAACAACUAUUCUUACUCGCUGAAAAAUUUGGCUAUUCUGAGUGGAUUCAGUUUGAUGCAUCUGUUGUUCGCGGCCUUGCUUACUACACUGGUAUUGUAUUCGAGGGCUUUGAUCGAGAAGGGAAGCUGAGGGCCAUUUGUGGUGGUGGGCGGUAUGACAAGCUACUAUCUACUUUUGGUGGGGAUGACAUUCCAGCAUGUGGUUUUGGAUUUGGGGAUGCAGUCAUUGUAGAAUUGCUUAAAGAGAAGGGCCUCCUACCAGAACUCAGACUUCAAGUAGACAACAUUGUGUGUGCUCUUGAUCAUGAUCUUCAAGGACCAGCUGCUACAGUUGCUACUAUUCUCAGACAGAAAGGCCAGAGUGUUGAUCUAGUCUUGGAAAACAAACCACUCAAAUGGUAUUGAAUUCUAUCAUUCUUG